CUGAAAUGUCAGUCAAUUGACCGCGGAACUGUCCAGAGACCAAAAUCGUAUCAAAAAUGUUCAACGUAAUGGUGAACAUAACAAAAAGGGAAAAUGUUGACAUUGAUUUCAAGUUUGUACAAUUGAGCAAGUUGAUGGUGGAUGCUUUGUUUAUCAAAUUGUUUCACUUUGUUGGCAACAGAAUUGUAAUUUAUACUGGAUUCAGGCUUCAAGUUGAACUCAAGAUAAAGGAUAAAGAUUAUGGUUACGAUUCAAGUCACCCUUCAAGUAGCAAGUCUUGGUUAAAUUAAAGAUGAAAUGGAUUACCGUUGCUUCAAAUUUAAUUGUUCAACAUGGACUUUCAAGAAUUUUAUCGAUUGAAAGAAAAGAAUUUUUCUCCACUGAUUUGAUCUGAUAAGCUGUUGAGUGAUGAGACUAAAGAGUCAACCGAUUAACAUGGCAUAAUUUGUUUUCCCUGGACCAUCAUGUUAAAAAGCUUAAACUGUAACUUGAAAUCUGGAAACGGGUAAACAAGGCGAAUGGAAAAAGAUGCAAAUUGGUGAAAGAUUUGAUGAUAAGCACUGUUAACCCAUCAGCAUCUUGGUGCUUGUUUACAUAUUUACAGACUUGUUUUCAUCAUUCACAGUGACUGCUGGUUAAUAAUCUGGAAAGAUGGAAAGAUUAACUCAAGUCUAUUUUGUCUCUACAAACUUACCAUGAAAGAUGAAACUCUUUUCCCUCAAGGUGUUAUCCUUUUUUUCAUCUAACCCUAUUUUUGGCAGUUCAAUUAGCAUACCAUUUAAGUAACCUUUCAUCCCAAUGCCAAUCCCAAGACGCUUCAACAUCUAACCAUCAAAAGCUAUCAUCUUCAACAUUAACUCCUGAUUAGUGGUCAAAACCUUAUAUUCACUUAAACCUUUUCAUCUGUAAAUUGUUCAGUAGGACAGCGGAAAAAAUUCAGUUAUUGAAUACCAAUGACUGUUCAACACUUCAUCUGUUACAAUCUCAUCAAUUGUUUAGACUUUGAAACAACGAGUAAUCUUAAUCAACUUUCAAUGCAAAAGAGUCAAUGAUUGUUGAAAUUAGUCAACGAGUUUGGAGGACGUGUGAAACACACAAAACCAUCGAAGGUUGAACUCAGUUGGUAUUAUUCAAGUUUUUUGGAUUCUCUGGAUUUGGAGGAAUUGAUGGAACUGUAAAUUUACAUUUACAAUCUCUAUUUAAGAUUAACAUCUCUAUUGGUCAUUAUAAUCAUCCUUUUGGUGCCCUUCUCAAUAGUGCUUCUGAUGUCGUAUUUUACAUCGAGGUUGAUAAUUGUUCAAUGUUUUUUCCGAGGUCCUUCAUUUCACUCAUUCAAGUCUCAUUCACUUGAUUACCAAGUUAAUUGUUAAUCACAAUGAGUAUAAAUAAUUCAAAGCUUUUAUAUGGAUCGUUGACUAAGAUAAUUAAUGCAACUAUUAAAGAGACAUUAGCUGUUAAAACUGAUGAUUUAAUAAAAAAUUCAAUUCCUAUUCCAAUUUAGUGAGCUGUAAAAUUCAGGAUGAUUCAAAUUUCCAAUCUAGAAUGAAAUGGUUGCAUUUCAUUUGUUCAUUUAAUACUGGAGCAUAAUCACAUGGAAGACAUUUUGCUACAGAGAAUGUGUAAACCUAUAGAAAUGCUGAUGUAUCUAAGCUCUAUGGGUUGGCUGGAAAUAUUAUUAUUAUGUGGUUUAGGAUGAGGAUGCCAAGAAAGAGAAGCAGAAAGAAACAUCUUAACAUCUAACAAGGAAGACUGAGGGAUCAAACAUAGAGAUUAAGCCUUCUGUGCAGAAGCUAUUGGCUUAAAGUCAAAGCAUAAGCUCAUCCUCCUACCUAUUAGCUUCUUAACCCUCAUUGUAGUCAUCUAACUCGACUAGUUCAAUAUCUUCAAUUAAAAUGGUUAAGACCUCAAGUUGAACAUAAAGUAAACUGUAACGACAACUAAUUGUAAACUGUAAUUCUUUCAAUCUAAUCAUGCAAUUUCCAUCAAUCAACUGGCCUGAUUUGUUGUCCUUUUAUUAUCCAUCUAAAUGUUCCUGUUUUUAUUGUCCAUAUUUCAGUUCUCAACUUGAAUUGAAUGAUAAAAAUCCAUUGUCAUCAACAUCAUCUAAUCAAACUUGUGAAAACAUUAAUAAAUCAAAGCACCGUUUGGAUUACAGUCGACUAGCUCAAUCCAUAAUUGAAGAAAGUUCAUCCAAAGAGUCAACAAAAUCUAAUCAUUUAACCCAAUCUCGUCAAUUGCUAUCAUCAACAAAUCAUCAAAAUCUAGUCUCGUCUUCUUGUUCAUCUUCAUCAUCGCCAUCCAUUUCACUUUUAUCAUCAAUAAACCUCCCAUCUUCAACUCCUUCAUCCUUAGCUUCACCAACAUCAUCAAACCUAGUCAAUCCAUCAAUACUAACUUCAUCUUUACUGACAGGAUGGUUCAAUAGAUCAGAUUGUCGUUCAUCAAGUCAACGAUCCUCCUAUUCUCGACCAAAGAAACAAUUCAUUUGCAAGUAUUGUAACCGUCAUUUCACCAAAUCAUACAAUUUAAUGAUUCACGAAAGGACUCAUACAGACGAAAGGCCAUACAAAUGCAACAUUUGUGACAAAGCGUUCAGACGACAAGAUCAUCUCAGAGAUCACAAGUAUAUUCACUUGAAGGACAAACCGUUUAAAUGUGACGAAUGUGGUAAAGGCUUUUGUCAAAAUCGGACUCUGGCUGUUCACAAAAUCGCUCAUCUUGAAUCAACUCGAGGUCGAAAGGCUUCGCUCAAAUAACAGUGAUAAUGAUUUGGCAAAUUAUCUCAACUACCUCAUAAAUUAUUAACCAUCAACGGAAACAUUGACUUGGCUCAUCAUUGAAAACAUUCAACAGUUAAUUAAUGUGUUAUCACCAGCAUUUCUCUACUUGCUAUUUUAGUCAAUAAUUUAGUCAACUUUCAUUUUUAAUAAUCUGAUUAAAGUUACAUUACAUUUUUUCA